ACUGCCCGAUAGAAUUCAACAACAAAAACAAAAUAGAUGAAUAAAUUCUUAUUUUUCUCUCUCAUGAUUUCCCUGAUGCAAAUGCUUUCCUCUCUUCUUCUCUUUCACUUCUUUUUCUCUCCUUCCUCUAAGGAUUUUACCUACUUUCUCCUUUGCCACAUCAACUUUUCUCGAACAUUCCCUCCCCAUUAAAGGUGUUGUAAGAUAUAAGUUUUAGUACUUUGGUUUGAUCAUUCAAACACAUGGGGAGAUGGAUGGGGAUGUUCAUUGAAUUGGAGCUACUUGGGCUAAGUGGAAGCUGGCUUCUGUGGUCUUGUGCAAUAAGAAGAUUUCAACAAGCAUGAAAGGAAAGUUCUACCGGUCAGUGGUCAAACCAGCUAUGCGUUAUGGAGCAAAAUGUUGGGCCGUUAAGAAUGUUCACAUUUGUCAACUGCAUGGGACAAAGAUGCGGAUGAUGCGAUUAUUCUCCGAGGUUGUCUCAUCCAACUUCACGGGCAAACGUCUGGAGGGCAAGGCUACAGGCUUCUUCAAAGGUAUCCCUUCGGUUUCCUUCACUAAAGAUGAUAUAUCUGAGCUAGCUUCAAGGUUCAGACUGGCGCUGGUGGGCAAAUUCAAGCAUCGGCCGUCUUUCUCCUCCAUGAACCUUUUUCUCCAAAAACUGGGUUUAAAGGGAAGGUUUGAAAUAUCUGCUCUUCCUCAUCAACGUUUCCUACUGAACUUUAGUAAAGAGGAAGACUACUUGCGUCUCUUCCUUAGGAGGACGUGGCAGGUUUUUGGAGUUCCCAUGACCCUUACCAAAUGGAGUCCAUCCCUUUCGCAAGAAACAGAGAACCCGGCUAUGCCUAUCUGGAUUGCUUUCCCGGACCUCCCCAUUCACCUUCAUGACAAAAGGGCACUUCACCUCAUCUCCUCUACCAUUGGUAACCCUCUGCAGGUGGACUCAUGCACGCUUAACUUCUCCAGGCCUGCCUUAGCAAGAUGUUGUGUUGAAGUUGAUAUCUCCAAUCUCCCUCCUCCAAAGGUCCUUAUUAAUCAUGGUGGUGAGGAGCUUAUCUUCUCCUUCUUUUACGAGAAUGUCCCCUCUUACUGCAAGGAUUGCAAGAGAACAGGCCACCUUAGGGAGAAUUGCAGGGGAAAAAAGACUACGGUGGCGGAUCGGAAAAGGCCGGAACCACCCAUGGAGGAGCCUGUGAUCUCUCAAGGACAACUCUCUGGUCAAGGGAAUCCUGAAAAAUGGCAAGCAGUGAAGUCCAAGAAAGGUAAAAACAAGGUGUCUGAGCCUUUGACAGGCAACUUUCAUUGGAGGGCCAAACCUACUGCUACUGCCCAUACAACUUGGCUGGAAGGUCCAGGAGAAUCGUCCAAAAACCCUGUUACAUCUACAGCACCUAAUACCCCACCAUCUGCAAAGGCUGGGAAGAUUGGGACCUACUGCAUUACAGACCCCAACCUCCUCUCUAGCCUUACACUGCGUCAUGUGCAGGAGAAUGUGCUCAGGACCCCCAUCUUUAGUGAUAUCCAGCAGGAUAUGGACAACUCUCUAGCUAUUGUUCCUUUCCAGCAGAAUCCUUUCCUAACCCUCCCGGAUGAUGGACCACCAGAGGUAGGGUUCUUCACUGAGGCUAAUGUGAUUGAUGAAAAAAUCAAGCUUCUGGACAACCUACUUGCAUUGGAAAAUUUCCCCCCUUUGCCUGUCUCAAAGGAAAAUCUCAGUGGGAGUCCCAGAUCUUCCAGCUCCAGGGUAAAGCAAAUAUCUGGAUUUCCAGUGUUUAUGGUAAACAUUGCAGAAUUGAUAGAGAGAGUCUUUGGCUUUCUAUACGUAACCUUUUUCCUGUCCAAGGUCCCUGGAUCAUUGGGGGCGAUUUCAAUACAGUAUCCUCUAUUACUGAGCACAAAGAAGCUGUUUGUCCUGAACUUGGCAGCAUGGAGGAUUUCACUAGCACCAUCUCUGACUGUGAGCUCAUUUCCCCUUCUUUUCUUGGAAGCCAAUUCACCUAGUUUGGAAAAAGGGGUAAAGGGAGAGUCUACAGAAGACUUGACAGAAUUCUGGGGAAGACGACACAGAUUGCACAUCUCCUCUCUGAAGGAUGGGAAUGGCAAAAUACAUUCCUCACCUGAGGAGAUUUCUAAAAUUACAGUGGAGCACUACACAAAGGUUUUCUCAUUCAUCCAUGAGGGAGAGAUGGAAGAGAUUCUAAAUCUCAUUCCUUCCUCAGUAAAUGAUCAAGACAAUUAUAUGCUCAGUCACAUCCCUGAGGAAGAGGAAAUUAAAAGAACUAUUUGGUCUCUCAAUGCCAAUAGCACAGCAGGUCCCGAUGGUUUUAAUGGCUUUUUCUUUAGGAAUUCUUGGGACAUCAUCAAAUCGGAUGUGUGCAAGGCUGUCCAAGAAUUCUUCAUAGGUGUCCCCAUGCCUAAGGUCUUUGGCAGUACACUUAUAACCCUCAUCCCUAAAGAUGAGGCUGCAAUCACAUUAGAUCAGCUCAGGCCCAUUUCCCUGUCAACUUUUUUCAGUAAAAUCAUCUCCAGAAUCCUGAGUGACAGAUUUAAACUGAUUCUUCCUAAGCUUAUCUCUCAAGAACAGACAGCAUUCCAGACUGGGAAAAAUAUUACUGAACAUGUCUUAUUGACCAAGGAAAUGGUGCAUCUUCUUUCUGCUAAUGCUAGGGGAGGAAACUGCAUUAUAAAGUUGGACUUAUCCAAAGCUUUUGAUAAACUUUCAUGGGCCUAUUUGGAGGGAAUUCUUACCAAGUUUGGCUUCUCUAGAGGCACAAUACACCUGCUCAUGGGGAAUCUCAAAGCAACACAUUUCUCUGUUUUAGUUAAUGGCCAACCAAAGGGCUUUUUCCCCAUGAAGUGUGGGGUUAAGCAAGGUGAUCCACUCUCCCCUCUACUCUUUAUCAUAGCUUUGGAAGGGCUGUCCAGAUUCAUCAACCACCUCCACUCAACAGGGCAGAUCUCACACUUCUCAGCAGGGAGAACACCCACCCCAAGCCACCUUCUCUACGCGGAUGACAUCAUUCUCUUUACUAAGGCUGAUUGCAGAAACCUCCUUAGACUUAAAAGAAUGUUAUCCACAUUUAUGAAUGCUUCAGGACAAGAAAUCAACUACCUCAAGAGCCAAGCUAUUGUACAUGGAAAAAUGAAGAUGGAGCACCAGCACAAAAUUAGGAAGAUCCUUUCUAUCAAGUGCAGUACCCAAGCUUUUGUUUACCUUGGAUCCACCAUUGUCAAGGGAAAGCUCAAGAAGAUACACUGCAAGGAUUUGAUUCGAAAAUUUGAGAGAAGGAUAAAUGUUUGGUACAGUAAAAAGUUAAACCAGAUGGGAAGGCUUAUUCUUAUCAAGCAUGUGCUAUCUUCAAUUCCUAUGCAUCUAAUGGCUGCCCAAAGAUUACCCAAGUCCAUUACAAAAAGUCUAAAGAGAUUAAUGGCAAACUUUUUGUGGGGGGAAAAAGAGGAGAGCCCAAAAUACCAUUGGAGGAAAUGGGAUAAGCUGUGUUAUCCCUUUGUGGAGGGGGGGGCUGGGUUUGAGGAACUUCACACAUUGCCAAGACGCCGCUUUCAUUGACCUUUGGUGGAAGCAUCAAGCUCCUUCUUGAGUUUAUUCUGUUCAGCAACUAAAUCUCCAUGAGACAUGUUUUGGGAGUGGUUUGACAUGGUUUUAAGGAAGGAGAAGUGCAGGGUAUUUUGGGGUAUAGGUUGGCCGAGUUGGGGUUGGUUCCUGGGCAGUGAGUUGAAAGGUUUUUGGAGUAUGUUUUGGCUUGGUUUUUGGAUGGUUUAGCCAGGGGCUGUUUUAGGUGAUAAGGUGGGUGGGCUUUUGGGUUUUUGGGCUGUCUUUGGCUUUUCAAACCAAAGCAAAAGGUGAGGGAGGAAUGGCUUUUUUUUGGGGCUGGUUCUGGGCAGUAGGGAAUGAAGGAAAAAAAAAUGG